AUGUCCGCGCAGCCGGCAUCCCUCCAGUGGACCGCCCAAUACUCCGUAGCACCAUCCUCACGCUCAACUAAGCUACCAGGCGACAAGAUCCUCUUACCUCCGUCAGCACUCGAACAGCUCCUCGCAGCCGCCCCCACAAUCACCACCGAACCCACCUAUUCUCGGCCGUAUACAUCCGCCUUCGACCCCUACAAUCCCUUCACCUUCGCCGCUGAACGAGCAGCACGUGCCCAAUUUCAGGACAGACAACAGCAGCUACCACAUCCACUGACCUUCCGUCUCGUCAAUCCGCAGAAUGGGCGCGUCAUUUAUGCGGGUAUCAGAGAGUUCUCCGCUGAGGAGGGCGAGGUGGUCCUAAGUUCCGUGCUAAGGCAAGCUUUGGGUAUCGAGGACCCACAGGGCUCCAAGACACCAAGUCGCAGUCCAACGCCGGGCAACAGCGAUGACGACGAGGCGGUGACGAACGGCGUGCAAGGUCUCGCAGUCGCCAGAAAGAAUGCGCCUAGGAUCACAAUCCAUGUGAAGGAGCUGCCCAAAGGCACCUACGUUAAGCUACGGCCACUAGAAGCCGGGUAUAACCCGGAGGACUGGAAGUCGCUACUUGAGCAGCAUAUGCGCGCCAACUUCACAACCUUGACAAAUGGGGAGGUGCUGGUGGUACCGGGCGGACGGGGAGUCGGAGGCAAGCUAGAAGAAUUCAGGUUCUUGGUCGAUGGCUUCAAGCCGGAAGGCGACGCAAUCUGCGUUGUAGACACAGACCUGGAAGUCGACAUUGAAGCUCUGAACGAGGAGCAGGCCCGAGAGACACUGAAGAGGAUAGCGGAGAAGGCGCAGAGGGCGCCAGGCACUGAUCAAGGCAGUUCCGCUGGCGGAAGACUUGAUCUUUUCCGAGCACAAUCAGGGCACGUGCUUGACGGUGAAUAUGUGGACUACGAGAUACCUUCCUGGGAUCGCUCGCAAGGUCUCGAGAUCGAGCUCGGAGAUGUUGAAGAGGAGGAUGAAGUUGAUCUGUUCGUUAGUCCGUUCAGCACGCGGCAGCGUGUCCGGCCUCGAGAAGACGAGUAUGUCUUCGGCGAGUUUGAAGGCCGAUAUCCAAAGCGCAUACGCCUUGCGCCCACCAACAUCGAGCUCGAAGGCGCAGAAGCCGUUUGGGUGUCCGUCCACGCCUAUGCGCCCCCCGAAACAAGCCAAAAUGGUGAUAUGCGAAAAGCACCGAAGCAUUACACCAUCCGCGCCUCUCCUUUUGACCUGAGAGUCCCACCUCCGGCAUCUUCAAAUAUACUGCCGGCUUCAAAUAAUAUCGAACAUAACCCAGAUGAAGUUCAGUGCAAGAACUGCCUCCAAUGGGUCCCCCAACGCACCCUCUUCCUGCACGAGAACUUCUGCCUCCGCAACAACAUCCGCUGCCCCAACGGCUGCAACCAAGUGUUCCUCCGCACCAGCCCCGCCUGGGCCAACCACUGGCACUGUCCGCACGACUCCUCGUACGGCAACACGCCCCUCAGCAAAGCGAAACACAACCACCUCUACCACACGUCAUACACCUGUCCCUCCUGCACCUCAUCCACCAUCUACCCUACCCUCCCCGCCCUAGCGCACCACCGCACGACAACCUGCCCCGGCAAACCAAUCCUCUGCCAAUUCUGCCACCUCCAAGUCCCGCAGGAAGGCGACCCAGACACCCCCUCCCCUGAAGCCCUCCUCACAGGCCUUACGCCCCACGAACUCGCCGAUGGCGCACGAACGACCGAAUGCCACCGCUGCGGCGCCAUCGUACGGCUCCGCGACAUGGCAAUGCACCUGCGACACCACGAGCUCGAGAAACUGUCCCGCCCACAGCCGCGCGUGUGUCGCAAUGCGCUGUGUGGACGGACGCUGGACGGGGUCUCCAAGACCGGUGAUACGCGGGCGGGCACGAGGAGAGGGCAGGGGCCAGGGAACGACAUAGGGCUGUGCAGCCAGUGCUUCGGGCCGCUCUAUGUGGCGGUCUAUGACCCCGAGGGGCGGGCGUUGAGGCGGAGGGUCGAGCGGAGGUAUCUCAGUCAACUGCUCACCGGCUGCGGGAAAGCGUGGUGCAGGAAUCCGUACUGCAAGACUGGGCGCGAGCAUCUGGGGAUUGGGGGCUCGGUGAGCACGAAGGAGGCGCUGCCGAUGGUGAAGCCGUUUUUGGACGGGUUGGGGAGGAGCGAGGCGGAUCCGGCGAGGCCGCCGCUGCAUUUCUGUGUCGAUGAGGGGAGUCAGAAGAAGAGAGGCCUCGCGGAGUUGCUGGCGGCGGAGGAUGAGGGGGAUGGUGGGUUUGGGUUUGAGUGGUGUGUUGCUGCGCUUGAGGCUGAGGGGGGAGAUUUGGAGAAGGCGAGGGAGUGGUUGAGGGCUUGGGCGCCGAGUAGGAGUGAGGUGCGGUGA